UAAAAGGCACAUUGGUUUAGAGGCUCUGCACUUCGAUUUUAUUGCUCAUAGAAUCAGUUUUUGUUUUUAAUACAUAUUCGAGAUUUUAUCUGAAGCUGGUUUAUCAAGCAUAAGUGUUGUUUCAGUCGACAAAAAUGCUUUGCUCGUCGAUGUGGUUAAUGUUUGCUUUAAUGUUUAGCUUUUAUUUGCCUUCUGUUUGUCCUGUUUCGAUGAUUAAAUUUACGAAUAUUAAGUGUGUAACGCUGGAUAAACCAUUUGCUGAUUUCGCCUAUUGUAAGCUUAAAGCUUUGUCUCGCCAUGUCGUCGCUCUUUCGUUGCUUGUCAACCUCUUUGAAUUACCAGUGAAUAAUGUUAGCUUAAAUGUGGAAGUUUUCAAAAGAUUUAAUGGUUAUCGACCUUACUUAUUCAACAAAACACUAAAUUUUUGUGAUUUUCUCUGCAAUAAAAAACGUGUCGGUGUCUUGGAUAUAGUUUUCAAAUUCAUGGAAACUUAUUCAAAUAUCAACCACACCUGUCCUUAUAAUAUAAGUAAUGAUAUUGUUAUUGAUCGACUUAUUUUAAAACCAAACUAUUUCACCUUGUUCCCACUGCCAGUGGGGGAAUAUCGCAUAAAGAUGGUUGGUGCUGAUAAUGAUUGGAAAGCAAUUGUCAAUGUAUUUCUACAAACUUGGGAAUAACUACACACACAUAUACAUUUCUUAUGCUUUAUGUUAUAUACAUAAAUUUUUUUAAUAUAUUUUCCAGCAUUUCAUGAACUUUAUAAGGU